AUAUCCUCUGAGAGCCAAGCAAAGAACAUUAAGGAAGAAAGGAGGAAUGAUGCUGGAAACAGUGCAGUGAAAAAAGACACUUCAAGGAGCAGGGUACCCACUACCCAGAGACUGGACUGUGUCAUCAGAAUGAGAACUUACCGGUACUUCUUGCUACUCUUUUGGGUUGGUCAGCCCUACCCAACUUUCUCAACCCCGUUAUCCAAGAGGACUAGUGGUUUCCCGGCAAAGAAACGGGCCCUGGAGCUCUCUGGAAACAGCAAAAAUGAGCUGAACCGUUCGAAAAGGAGCUGGAUGUGGAAUCAGUUCUUUCUCCUGGAGGAAUAUACGGGAUCCGAUUAUCAGUAUGUGGGCAAGUUACAUUCAGACCAGGAUAGAGGAGAUGGAUCACUUAAAUAUAUCCUUUCAGGAGAUGGAGCAGGAGAUCUCUUCAUUAUCAAUGAAAACACAGGGGAUAUACAGGCCACCAAGAGGCUGGACAGGGAAGAAAAACCUGUUUACAUCCUUCGAGCUCAAGCUAUAAACAGAAGGACAGGGAGACCCGUGGAGCCUGAAUCCGAAUUCAUCAUCAAGAUCCAUGACAUCAAUGACAAUGAACCAAUAUUUACCAAGGAUGUUUACACAGCCACUGUUCCCGAAAUGUCUGAUGUUGGCACAUUUGUUGUCCAAGUCACUGCAACUGAUGCUGAUGAUCCAACUUAUGGGAACAGUGCUAAAGUUGUGUAUAGUAUCCUACAGGGGCAGCCCUAUUUUUCAGUUGAAUCAGAAACAGGCAUCAUCAAGACAGCUUUGCUCAACAUGGAUCGAGAAAACAGGGAGCAGUACCAAGUGGUGAUUCAAGCCAAGGAUAUGGGUGGCCAGAUGGGGGGAUUAUCGGGGACCACCACAGUGAACAUCACUCUGACUGACGUCAACGACAACCCUCCCCGGUUUCCCCAGAGUACAUACCAGUUUAAGACCCCCGAGUCUUCUCCACCGGGUACACCAAUUGGCAGGAUCAAAGCCAGCGACGCUGACAUGGGAGAAAAUGCUGAAAUUGAGUACAGCAUUACAGAGGGAGAGGGGCUGGACAUGUUUGAUGUCGUCACCGACCAGGAAACCCAGGAAGGGGUUAUUACUGUCAAAAAGCUCUUAGACUUUGAAAAGAAGAAAGUGUACACCCUCAAAGUGGAAGCCUCCAAUCCUCAUGUUGAACCCCGCUUUCUCUACCUGGGUCCAUUCAAAGAUGCGGCUACAGUCAGAAUUAUGGUGGAAGAUGUGGAUGAGCCUCCCGUCUUCAGCAAACUGGCCUACAUCCUACAAAUAAGAGAAGAUGCUCAGAUAAACACAACAAUAGGCUCAGUCACAGCCCAAGAUCCAGAUGCUGCCAGGAAUCCUGUCAAGUAUUCUGUUGAUCGACACACAGAUAUGGACAGAAUAUUCAACAUUGAUUCUGGAAAUGGUUCAAUUUUUACGUCGAAACUUCUUGACCGAGAAACAUUGCUGUGGCACAACAUUACAGUGAUAGCAACAGAGAUCAAUAAUCCGAAGCAAAGCAGCCGAGUCCCUCUAUAUAUAAAAGUUCUAGAUGUCAAUGACAAUGCCCCAGAAUUUGCUGAAUUCUAUGAAACCUUCGUCUGUGAGAAAGCAAAAGCAGAUCAGUUGAUUCAGACCCUACGAGCCAUUGACAAAGAUGACCCUUACAGCGGGCACCAGUUCUCAUUCUCUUUGGCCCCUGAAGCAGCCAGUGGCUCAAACUUUACCAUUCAAGACAACAAAGAUAACACAGCAGGAAUCUUAACUCGGAAAAAUGGCUACAACAGACACGAGAUGAGCACCUAUCUCCUGCCUGUGGUCAUUUCAGACAACGACUACCCAGUCCAAAGCAGCACUGGGACAGUGACUGUCCGGGUCUGUGCAUGUGACCACCAUGGGAACAUGCAGUCCUGCCACGCGGAGGCCCUCAUCCACCCCACGGGACUGAGCACGGGGGCUCUGGUUGCCAUCCUUCUGUGCAUCGUGACCCUACUAGUGACGGUGGUGCUGUUCGCAGCUUUGAGGCGGCAGCGCAAGAAAGAGCCGCUGAUCAUAUCCAAGGAGGACAUCAGGGACAACAUCGUGAGCUACAACGACGAGGGCGGCGGGGAGGAGGACACGCAGGCCUUCGACAUCGGCACCCUGCGCAACCCCGCGGCCCUGGAGGACGGCAAGCUGCGCAGGGACGUGGCGCCCGAGGCCCUCCUGCCGGCCCGCCGGCCGCCCGCGGCCCCCGACAGCACGGACGUGCGGGACUUCCUCCGCCAGCGGCUGCAGGAGCACGACCGGGACCCCACGGCGCCGCCCUACGACUCGCUGGCCACCUACGCCUACGAGGGCGCGGGCUCGGCGGCCGCCUCGCUCAGCUCGCUGGAGUCCAGCACCACGGACAGCGACCAGAGCUACGACUACCUGCGCGAGUGGGGCCCGCGCUUCCGCAAGCUGGCGGACCUGUACGGGGCCGCGGACGGCGACCGGGACUCCUAGUGCGCGCCCCGGGACCCCACCCCCACCCCCGCGCCCUGCAGGACGCCCCAGGUCUGCGGGCGGCGCCCCCACCGCGCGGCCCACGGCCCACGGCCCACGGCCCACGGCCCACGGCCCGGCCCUGCCUGCGGCGCCCGCGCUAGACACCUUUUUCUAGCACACUUUUAUGAGCUUCCGAGACGCACAGGUUUAAUUUUCUAGCGCAUCCACUCAACCGACCGGGCCCGUGCUGGAGGAGGAGGGAGAGCCCGAGUCGUCCCCUUCCCUCCCUGGCUCUGCUCACCUUCCCUGGCCCGGGCCCCCCGCCACACUCCGGGGGCUCGGGUCAGCCGGCUGCUCUGACCGCACACUUCACGCGCUCAGGCGAUGAGGGACCGAGCUCUGACGGUAAAGGUAGAGUUUCGGAAAAGAGAAACGAGGGGGGCGCAACGGCCAGGUGGGUCCUGCCCUGGUACAUCAGCUCACAAGGAGAUGAAUGCGCUGAACGUGGGUGUGUAUUACGGGUGUGUUGCAAAGGACUUAAAAUGGCAUUUGCCCGUCCUGUUUUGUUCUUCAAGAACUUCAUCUGGCACCAACGACUAUUGCGAACAUCAGACCCGCCGACGUUUUAAGAUUCUUGGUCCUCUCUAGGACUAGAAGCAAAUGCAAUGGCGACGUUCAAAAACAGCAAACAAGCAAAAUGUAAUAGUACCUCGUUCCUUGCCACUAACUCACAAUUUCUUAUAUACGAUACCUGCAAAAGUUUGCCCUUGCACCACAUAAAGAGAAAGGGAAAACAGCUAAUGAUGUUAACGGAGGAAAUAUUUGGCAUAUUUUAAAGUUCGGGCCACCAAAAGUACCACAGAUCACUCCAAAUUAUUUCAACCAUCAGUAGGCUAAUUACAAAUAAGUCUAAUUGUUAAAAAUUCUUGAAGGAACUCUUCUGAGACAAAUUUUAACUCCUUGUCUGUAGUUGUUGUCAGUAUUAUUCUAAUAUACUUGAAAGUAGCAGCGUGAAGUACAAUAAUCCAUAUUCUUCAGAUACUUCGUACACAAUUAAGUUGCAUUAGUAAAGAUAGAUUAAAUAAAACUCAAAUCCCGCCCUCAGAGUUUAAUGGGGAAAUGAGAGCCGGCCACACUUGAACUUGAUAUCCUGUCCUCCACAUCUGGGAACAUCUAUAUAUUUAUAUGACAUGACAGAUCUAGAUAUAUUGUUGAGAUCAUAGUGCAAAACUACGUAUUACAUGUUUGGAAGACGCUUACAUAGGGACAAAUUUGAUUCUCUUCAGUAAGAGUGUUUAAGAUUCUAUUAAAAUGAUAGUUGACUGUCAAAAGCAUUAAUAUUUUUUCAUUGUUUUUGACUUUGUUGCUAUGGCAACCCUGCCAUCCUUGUCUUUCAACUAAUGAUAAAGUAGUGGUCUCAUACUACAACGGAAAAGUAAUGUACAAUCCAUCCAAUCUAUUAUUUCUCUAAGUAUGCAAUUAGCAUCAUAGUUAUUAUCCAGAGGACCCAACUGAACUGAACUAAUCCUUUUGGCAGGUUCAAAUCAUUUAUUUCAUAUGGCUGUUCUAAUGAUUUGUAUCAUUAGAAUCCUACAUUGUUCGAUCAUCAGAAAUUUCCAAAGUACUGUAAUGAAAACAUAGUUGUCUUGAAAAUUUAAAAAAAAAAAAAAAAACCAAACCCAGGCUCUGUAUACUUAUAAAUAUAUAUAUAUAUAUAUAUAUAUAUAUAUAUAUAUAUAUAUAUAUAUGUACUUAAGAAUAUGCUGACUUCAAUUAUUAGUCUUAGGGAUUUAUUUUCAAUUAAUGUUAAUUUCCUACAGAUAAUCUUAAUGUCAUUUCCAUUUGGAGAUCCUGUCAUAUGAGCACAUACCUUCUAUUUGGAAACACACUUUUAUUAAGUUUUAAAUAGGUGUGUUACCCAGGAAGUAAAGACGGCACUUUCAAAAUAAGAGAAAUGUAGUCUUUUGGGUCACUCAAUUAGAGUGAAAAAGUUUUACAACCAUAUUCUUCCCUGCGUUUACCGAAUGGUUUCCUAUUUUGUAACGGACUUCCCCGUAUACAUACUAACAAGUAUUUCAUGUUUUCAGGGUUUACUUUGGCUAGUUCUUCCUACACAUGCAGGAAUGCAAACAAAAUACUACAGGAGGGUUUCACUAUAAUGAAUAUCUUAGUCACAGUUAAGUGUUGCAAAAAAGAUAGCUUAGGGAAGUUAAUUAGUAAGAACUAGUUAUUUAUAGCAAUAGAAAACCACCUUAAUCACAUGACUUACUGUAUAACUAAAGAGCUCUCUGUCCUUAUGUUUCAUGUCAUGUAAUAAAUUGAAUCAAGAAAGAUAGUACUGUAAAAAGAAAGGUAUCAUCAGAAGUCUUCCUUUUGAACUUUUGGGUUAAUUGGAAUGUCUGAGGGUCGACACUAGCAACUUCCACUGUUUAAGGGUAAGGUUUAUUCUUUCCCUGUAAGUGAAAGUAAGCAGUUCUGUAAUGGAAUUCGAGAUAUAAUUGGCAGGGUAUAUUAUCCCAUCUUGAAGAUGGUACAGUGGACCAAGAACAAGUUAAUAUGACUAAAUAUUGAAAUAACUGCCUAAUCUCUUGCCACAAAACCUGAUGAUGAAGUGAAUCUCUAAGAAAUUGGACAAUUUAAGACUACAGCUGAAUAUUUAGUACAAGGUCCUAUAAGUAUUUUUCCUAUAAUUAAAACUCUCUGAUGUCAUGGAGAUCAUGAGAGCCAUACUUCCAUCAUUCUGUGUGGGUCUCACUUCCUUCUCACCAAGAUAUCGAGUCCAAGACCCCAGUCAACACGAAUGAUUACUGGAGAGAAAAAAAAAAUUAGUUUUUGGCUCAGUUUUCACAAAGUCCCUGUCCUGAUAUCAGAUGUUAGUGACAAGAAGGAUGGAGGGAAAAUGGGAAGAGGUAAAAUUUAAUAUCUGCUUUAGUAAAUAAGAAACUAAAAUUCAUUAAUUAUAAGCAGAUCAGUUUAGUGGAUUGCUUCAAGGACUUUGAGGCCCUUCUGAAACUUUGUUCCCUUCCAUUCAAAGGGGAGAGUUUCUUCAAGAUGUUCCCUAAAACAAGCUGCGAUUUUUUUAAAUGUUAAGCUAUCGUGCAUAAGUUUACAACCUCUUCACUUCAUAGCCACUUUCUGCUGAAAACAGAAACAUUUGUCCUAAACAUUUGUCCCCAAAUUAAAAAAGUGAAAUCAAAUGGAAGAAAAGAAAAGAUGGUUCCAUGGAACCAUCUGACAGGAGCUCUGAGCACAGUAAAUAAAUGUUUUUUUUUACAGAGCUUUCUUAGCUUUAAGUUUAGUUGCAUACAGGGAUUUUCAGAUACAAAUUGACUCCAUUUUCAAAUGUAACAAAACCUGGCAAUUCAAUUUUAACUCAUUAAAAAAAAUGUUGGCUUAGUGUUCAUUUUUAGCUUCAAAAAAGUUGUACAAAAAUUCUUUAAAAGUUGAAUCUCUAUCUUGGAAGCAUCCAAAUUUUACGAAACCAAAUUAACUUCAGAAAAUCUCCAUUACUUUCAUUUCUAAGUACAUAAAUAUUAGAUGUCCUGAUUUACUGAGCAAUUCCUUUCAUCAAACACUUUGCCUUGAAAUGGGCAUUUCAUUGAAGAUAAUCCUGUAUAAACUAAGAAUUAAGAAUUCCUCAAUUCUACAUACUUGAGGGCCAUAAAAGUAUGCAGUUAAAAGGGAAAAACAGAGUUGAUUCGUGGACACAAACUAAGUAUUUAAAUCAUCCAAAUUCAUCUUCCCCAGGAACCAAACCACCAAAUCAAUUAUCUUACCCUAGUCACUAGUUUUGAAGCAAUAUAAUUACUUUGGAAGAACACUCUAGAAAGUCAUGAUGCCCCACUAUUUUGAAAGAUAUCCUAUUAAAAAGGAUCAUUUUAGUGUAAUUUUAUUUUUUAUGAUUUCAUCUAGAUGAAAUCUUUUUUGAAUUGUGACAGGGGAUUAAACAGCCAAGCAUUUACAUUUAACACUAAAACCCAGCCUCCUUUAUCAGAUUAUAAGAGUGGAAAGAGUAAGACUUAGUGUACAGACCUUCAGGAAGACGAACUAUUUUCCAAAGUCCAACAAGCAGCUUUCUUUUCCAGAGAAUACAGAAUUACAGUAUGGUCACCUUAAAAGUUCAGUGACUAUUACGUUUGUAGCAUUUUUCAUCUCCCUUUGGCAUCUUUAUGGAACAGUUUUCUAAAGGGGCAAUUCUCUACUAAAAAACAUCAGACCCUGAUCAUAUUCAAUGUGCAGAAGAAAACCCUCUUAGAAAGGAAAGACAUUGACUCACACACUUGUUAAAAGUUAAUAAAGAAAUAGCUCAUUUUUAAAGCCAGAAGUUUAUGGUCUCUGCAUCGUCAAUUUAAUUUAAGCAUUGCUGAGACGAUCUUUAAUCUACUCCCCAUUUUGUAAUACCUUAUUUAUGAUGCAUUUUCAUUUUUUUAAUUUGGGGGGAACGUUAGUCCGACAGAAGCCAGCAGAUGAAAGUGCCAAAAGGAGGUCAAAUGGAAACAAAGCCUAUUACCCACUGUAUUUCAGACAGGACCGAGGCACUUAGCCUGAGAGCCACUGGGUUAUUAGAUUAAUUUCAAAAGAGCUUUUACAAGUUGCUUAAUUCCAUUUUUUUUUUUUAAACCCAUGGACCACAAACUCAAAUUUCUCUUCAAAUGGGGUUAAUUUGACAAAUGAGGCAUGGACCCAGCGUUGUGGAAAAAGCAUUCCACUAUAAUGAGAUCUUGGUCUUUCUUGCGAGACUAUGUUAUUUAUGUAAAUAUGUCUAGAGGCACCUUCUAUAAGCUUUUAGUUUUCUAUGAUCUAUUAGUUUAGUGUUUAUUAAGGAAUCAGAUGUAUAGAAUUGCUAGGCAUUCAGGGGGAAUGCUGUGUAGCAAACAAACCGAUCUGCUCUCGGAAAAAAAAAAAAAAAAAAACAUAGGAACACUUCAAAACCACCAUAUUGUUUUGUUUGUGAUUAUUUUCAUUGCUUUGAAAGUAAACUGCAUAAGAAUAGGCCUUAUAAUAAAUGCUACGUGCGUCUUCAGUAGUACCAAGCUAAGGCAAUUUGGCAUUCUCCUACUGUAAUUUGUGAUUUUAAAUCCAGAAAAUAAAAGCUUUUUGGUAUUGAUUGUUUUUAAUUAAAAAUACUCCCAAGUAUAAAUUGAAGCUGAUGCCACCCUUGAAGAUUUACUGGCUGGAAUGCUCAGUCAUACAGUUUUUCUCAGUAUCGCCUAUAUCUGGCGAUGAGAACACCUGAGAGAAACCACCACUGCUCAGCUUUCAUCAACAUUUCUAGUUGGGGAGAUUUCCAUAACUUCACAGUUUACAUGAGAAAGCUUCCUGUAUUAGAAGGAGAGGUAAGAUGAUUACCUUCAAGCGCAGUGUGGCCGGGCCUUUUGUGUAGUCAAAUGGCAAAUACACGCUCCUUGAAAUGGCUUCUUUUAUUUUCCUUUGUUUUCUUAGACUAUAAAUUUGAAAAGAAUGCAAUUUAAAAAGUGAUUUCUCACAAAGAGUAAAUAUGCCUUUUGCAAAUCAAUUUUUGUAACAAGUUAUUUAUAUGAUAUUACUUAAUAAACUGUUUUUUUCUAA